UCCAUAUGAAGAUGAUUAUACAUCAAUAGAUAAAAUGAAAAGUAAAAAUGUUGUUCAGGUUGAGAAAGAAUUUAUAAAAGUAGAAAAUGACGGCGAAAAUACAGUCCUGGCAGAAGCUACACCUGCAAACAAAACAUGUAACAUUACGGAAGAUAACAAACAGAAAAACAAGGAAGCACAAAGGAUAGCUAAAUUCAAUAGUAAAGUAAAAAAGGCGGAGAUGUUAGAAGCUAGAGUUAAAGAAUUUACCAAAGAUGUUAUGAUCCUACUCAUCAUAUUACUUGAAGAAUUGAUGAAUAAGGAUAAAUUUAGAUUAUCAGCCGCUAACAAAGUGCUAUUGCUAAAAAAGCUACAAACAGUAGUGGAAGAAAGAGUCGAACCGUUAGCGAGGUCGAAAAAGAGCACAGAUGUUGAAGUGCUGAGGAAAUAUAGGCAGCUAUAUCCAAGGGAAGUUGAUUUAUUGUUGAUCAACCAAAUGCUCGAUAAGAUCCCUAAAAUACAAGUGCUUGAACCGCAAUCGACUGUAACUGUUUCUUCCGAACAUUUGGUGCCACACACGACGGAUCCCGUGAUGAUGACAGUGGAAGAGCAACAAUUUUAG